AUGAACACCAAGCGACAACAGAAUGGCGAUGUACCGUUGGUACUCCCUGUCUCAAAAGGAUCAUUGUCAGGCGAUACUAGUAGCGAGGUGGUUCGCGACAGAGGCCAUCGCGCCUGGCUACAAAUUUUAGGAUCAUUUAUGAUCUUUUUCAGUUCAGUGGGAAUUACCAAUUCAUUCGGAGUGUACCUGUCAUACUACCUAACCGAGAACACAUUUAACGUCUCAACAUCAACGGUUUCGUGGAUCGGAUCCCUUCAAUCGGCACUAUUUCUUGCGAUAGGAAUUGUUGCAGGGCCGCUGUAUGAUCGUGGCUUCUUCCGCACUCUCGUAUACGCUGGAUCAUUCCUUGUUGUGCUUGGCCAAAUGAUGCUCAGUCUCUCGACUUCGUACUACCAGGUCUUCCUUUCGCAGGGCAUCUGCAUGGGUCUUGGAGCCGGAAUGACUUUGGUACCUGCUUUCUGCAUUCUCAUUACAUACUUUGACCGACACUUGGAAAUGGCUACUGGCAUUGCCUCCAUGGGGGGCCGAACCAUCGGCAAAAUAGGAUUCCCCUGGACCACACGAGUAAUAGGGUUGGUCCUUCUGGUCCCUCUACUCAUUGCGGCUGCUGUCUUUCGUCCCGUCAAAACACCUCCUCGUCCUCAAGCCUUGAAUCACUUCAUCGACUGGAAGAUGUUCAAGGAGCCCGCCUUUGUCUCUUAUCUUCUUGCAAUCUUCCCGUUGGUCCUCGGUUUGUGCAUCCCGAUUGUCUAUCUGGAAAGUUAUGCGUCCGUCAUCGGUAUCAAGAAUCAAGCGCUCGUCUCAUAUAUUUUGCCGAUUUAUCUGGCUGCAAACACAUGCGGAUGCUUUGGGAUAAAUGUAUUCGCCAAAUGGCUUGGUCCCAUCAAUUCGAUGGCAAUCUCUAUCAGCCUUAGCGGCGUGAUGGUCUUUAUUCUGCUCGAAGUGACUACCGAAGGCGGUUUGAUUAUCAUGGUGUUUAUUCUUGGUUUUCUCGCCGCUGCUCCAGUCUCCCUACAGCCGGCAUUUCUUGUGAAGAUUUCUCCAGACCCCCGAGUUAUCGGCUCGCGCAUAGGGUGUGGUUACCUAGCUUCCACUCUCGGUAACCUUGUUGGGCCUCCGAUUGCAGGCGCUAUCCUUGAUCGCUAUGGAUAUGAUGCGACUUGGAUAUUUUCGGCUUGCAUGUAUCUUACAGCUGCGUCUCUUUUCCUGAUUUGUCGGGGGCUCCUCACUCGUUGGAAACUUUUCGUGGCAACAUAG